AGAGGCAGGCGCGGAAGGCGGGCGCCACCGUCUCAGCAGGGGAGCGGGGGCUGCCCCGGGCGCGGGUGAGUGGCGCGGCUGCAGGCCACGGGGGACUGAGGCCCCGGACACGAGGAAAACAGCGGGAGAGUCAGGAGGGGGCAGAGUUUCGGCUCCAAUCAUCGCGUGGCGGGCCAGGCGCCGAGCGUGGAGGAGCGAGCAACCUACACCUCCAGGCGGGCGGGAAGCCCAAGGGAGGAGCAGCGUGCGGCGCAGUUGCGGCAGGGCAGCGGGAGCAGCGGGGGCACAAGAGUGGGAAGCCAGGAACCUCGGCCGCAGCCGCCCCCGCGGAGAGGGCGCCACGCCAGAGCACCGCGGAGGCCGGAGGCCGGUGGGGCGCGGGAACAGGGGCGCCCCCGUGCGGAGCUGCCGGGCCGCCUGGGCGCGGCGGCCGGUGCCAUGCUCAAGCCCAAGGACCUGUGCCCCCGAGCGGGCACGCGCACCUUCCUGGAGGCCAUGCAGGCGGGCAAAGUGCACCUGGCCCGCUUCGUGCUGGACGCGCUGGACAGAAGCAUCAUUGACUGCCGCGCGGAGCAGGGCCGCACGCCGCUCAUGGUGGCCGUGGGGUUGCCGGAUCCCGCGCUGCGCUCGCGCUUCGUGCGGCUGCUGCUGGAGCAGGGCGCGGCCGUGAACCUGCGGGACGAGCGCGGCCGCACGGCGCUCAGCCUGGCGUGCGAGCGCGGCCACCUGGACGCCGUGCAGCUGCUGGUGCAGUUCAGCGGCGACCCCGAGGCGGCCGACUCGGCGGGCAACAGCCCGGUGAUGUGGGCGGCGGCCUGCGGCCACGGGGCGGUGCUCGAGUUCCUAGUGCGCUCCUUCCGCCGCCUCGGCCUGCGCCUCGACCGCACCAACCGCGCGGGCCUGACCGCGCUGCAACUGGCCGCCGCCCGCGGCCACGGAACCUGCGUGCAGGCCCUCACCGGCCCCUGGGGCCGCGCCGCCGCCGCCGCCGCGGCUCGGGGCUCCAACUCCGACAGUCCCCCUGCUCGCCCGGCUCCCGCGCCAAGCCCGGAGCGCCGACGACCGAGCCCCCGCCGCCUGCCACGGCCUCUCUUGGCGCGCUUUGCGCGAGCGGCCGGCGGCCACGGCCAUGGCGGCGAGGCUGGCUCUGGGGCCAAGAGCUCGGGCCGGCACCGGGCGCAGGGGAGCGAGCGGCCCGAGCUGGGCCGGAGCAUGAGUCUGGCUCUGGGAGCUGUGACGGAGGAGGAGGCGGCUCGCCUGCGGGCGGGAGCCCUGAUGGCCCGACCACACUCUCCCCAGUCGUCGGGGACCGGGCGGUGGCGUUCGCAUGAGGUGCUGGAGGGAGCGCCGCCUCUGACCUUGGCGCAAGCUCCCAUCGGCCUCAGUCCGCAUCCCGAGGGCGGCCCGGGCUCCGGCCGCUUGGGUUUGCGCCGACGCUCCACGGCUCCCGACAUCCCCAGCCUGGUCGGGGCGGCACCGGGGCCCGAGAGCGGCCCGGAGUUAGAGGCCAACGCUGUGCCGCACCCGACGCCUGGGCCCCAGCCUUGGCAGGCGGGCACGGAGGAGGCCGUGGUGUUGCAUGAUCAGCGGUAAACAGCAUAGAGGACCAGCGAGUUCCCUGCACCUGCCUGCCUCUGCUCCACUGGGAUUUCUCUUCCUUCCAGGUCCUCUCUUUCCUGGCAGUUCCCCUCCCAUCUGACCCCACUGCGGAGAUGAGUGGCCUUCUCUCUGAAAGGGACCCCUAUUAUUUCUUUUUUGUGCUUGUUGGUAUUUUUGGUAUUCCCUGCCUAGUCCCACCUUCCCUACAGCCUGCCUUUCUUCUCCGGAAAGGCUGGUUCCAUGGGCUACAGCCUCCCAGGAAGAUGGACGCCCCCCCCCCCCCCCACCACCACCCUAAGGCUCAGUCCUGAGUCUGUGGCUCCUGCCUGGUCUCCUUCCCAUUGUCAGAUUUCCCCACACCCGGGCAGCCAGGCCCGAAGACUGAACCGGUACAAGGGCCUAGCCCCCCCC